UGCACAUGCAAAUCUUGACUUCUCUGAUCCCCCCCUUUUUUCCAGUGUCCCCCCCUCUUAUCUCCUGAUAAGUCCCACAGCCCAAAGGGAUGGUGCAAAAUUAGUUACAAGCAGGGGCGGACUGACAACUCAUGGGGCCCCCGGGCAAAAGGGGAUCAUGGGGCCCCUGUGUCCUUGCCCAAACUCAAAAAAAAAACUAUAAAAAAAUACCAGGGGCAUCUCAUGGGCCCCCUACUGACCCCUGGCCUUCAGGCAGUGCCCGAGUUUCCAAAUGGUCAGUCCGCCCCUGGUUACAA